AUGCGCGAGGCCCGGCCGACUGCUGGCCUCAAGAAGCCUUCGCUCAAGGACGUUGCUCGGGAUGUUCGUCGCAUCAACUCUGUCGUAGCUCAGCAGCAAGCCAACGAGCAAGGCAGCCUCCGCUCGCCAGAUGCUUUCUCCUCCACUUCUGCAACCACAGAGUCGAGAGUUCUGCUGCUCUAUACGGGCGGGACGAUUGGUAUGUGCAAAGAUGAUGCCUCGGGAGGUUAUGCGCCUAUACCUGGAUAUUUCUUCGACUCGCUCAAGUCGCAGUCACGCUUCCAUGAUCCCUACGGCGACUCCUUGCUCGGCCAUUCUGGCACGGCAGGACAAUAUAUCAAAUGGAAGGCAGAUACAGCUGCUCAUACUGUCCAAUCUCCCGUUUCCUCUGCCCAAAUGAUAGAUUCACCCAUCUCGUCAUUGCCCGCUCGCCUCGAGGAGACGCAAGAAGGCACACAAGAGCGCCGCCCAUCUGUGACCUCCGGUACAUCUACGCCUAUACCUCCUACAACGGCUCCGCUAGCAGUACAUACCCUUGACGGAACGAUUGAGCUCCCUACACUGCUCAUGCCGCCCACCUAUCACGGCGGCUCAGGCGGCAGACGCAUUCGCUAUGCUGUAUACGAAUACGAAAAGCUCAUCGACUCUGCAGAAAUAGAGUCUUCAGAUUGGAUUCGCAUUGCGCAAGACGUUGAGCGCAAUUAUGCCGCCUGGGAUGGCUUCAUUGUCGUCCACGGCACUGAUACAAUGUCUUACACCGCCUCCGCCUUGUCCUUCUUGCUCGAGCAUCUCGGCAAACCUGUCAUCGUCACAGGUGCCCAGAUACCGCUCAGUGAAGUCAGAAACGACGGCGUGGAGAAUCUCCUAGGCGCACUGCUUCUCAGUGGCCAUUAUAACAUCCCAGAGGUCUUGCUCUACUUUGAUCAUACCGCCUAUCGAGGCAACCGGACGACCAAAUCGAGUAGCUUUGAUUUCGCAGCUUUUAGCUCGCCUAAUCUGGCGCCUCUUGCCGAGGUGGGCAUCAAUUUCGAUGUCGCUUGGGAUCUCGUCACCAAGCCUGCAGCAGACUCGAAACCGUUCAAUGCUCAUACACUCUUCAGCUCGGACGUUGCCACUCUGCGUAUCUUCCCAGGCAUCAAGCCUCAAAUCGUCAAAGCCUUUCUCGCACCGCCUGUCCGUGGCAUCGUCCUCGAGACCUACGGGGCAGGCAAUGCCCCUCAGUCAGAUGCUCUGCUAGAUGUCUUCCGCGCAGCAGCAGAUCGAGGCGUCGUCAUCGUCAAUGUCACACAGUGCUCGCGAGGCAUGGUCAGCCCGGUUUACGUGUCUGGCCAAGCGCUGGCUGCAGCGGGCGUGACGAGCGGAUAUGACAUGACGACAGAAUGCGCCCUUGCCAAGCUCGGCUAUCUGCUAUCAAAGCCCGAGUUGACCCCUGCGCAAGUUCGCAAGCUAGUAGAAGUCCCUCUUCGGGGCGAGCUCACCGUACCGCCCGCGUCUGUAUCUCAUACCAUUCCCGAAGAUCCCCAAGAGCGUAUGCGCGAACUCGUUGCUCAAGUCUUGGGGGUUGCUCGCCAGCAAAUUGCCGCGCCCGAUCCCCAGUUCGAAGAGCUCAAUAUCUCGUCAUCCUUAUCUACGGGCCAAGUCGACGCAGCCGAGCGCGCUCUAUACCCCUACUUGCUUUGUCGCGCUGCCUCACUCCACGACGGCAGCCUCAAAGCGAUCAUUGCUCGCAUUGAAGCAAGUGAGCAACAGAGUGGUAUCCGACCACAGCUCAAGCGACGCUUCACUUCUGGGCCACCAUUGCUCAAUGUGCCCUUUGCGCCAACGGGUCAGACACCGCUGCACAUUGCCGCUCUGCGCGGGCUUGCCGGCAACGUUGCAUUACUUCUCAAGAGUGGAGCUUCGGUACAUAUACGCGAUUUACAAGAUCACACGCCACUGUUCUAUGCUGCUAGAGAGGGCUCGCUGGCGUGUGUGGAGACUAUGCGCAGCGUGGGUGCUCAUCUCGGCGAGGGCGAGACAUCGCGAGGGGAAGUCGGCCUGGAAUGGCUACAAGCAAAGCAAAAGCCUACUCUGCUCGCGGCAUGGCAAGCUGCCGGCGCCACGGAUGAUGCGUUAGUACCUCUUUCAAGACAGCUAUAA